AUUAAACCGUAAAUCUUCUAGAACCGCAAAACAAAACACCGUCGUUUACCAUUUUCCCACCACACCAUUUCUCUGUAUCGACGCGACGCCUAAACGCCAAACGACCCGACCCAAACCAAACUAAACCAAACCAAAACAAACCACUUUUCUUUCUUUUCAAGAAAUUCUUUCCAUUACUUCACUUUCUCUCCAUUGUUGCACUUUCAUUCACCUUUUCCCCUUUCAUUUCCCUUUCCAUUUCUUCCCAAUUUCUCCUUCUUCAAUCAUGUCCAUCUAUAGGGUACUUUCCCGAGCCUCCAGAAGCUUCACGCUUCUCUCUGCUUCGCACAAGCCACAACCUCUUUCCGUUUCUCUCUUCCAUCAUUUCAGUUCCUUUCCUCAUCAAUCACCUAAUAAGAUUAUUCCAAUUCAAGCCAAUUUGUUUCAUCCAUCAAUAAGUUCAUCCUUGAUUCCAAGGUUUGGAUUUUCUUCCUCGGCCUCACCUGAACAUGCAAGUGACGGCCCUGCAAAAACAAGCGAAGAAGCUAAGGUAGUUGAUAAGAAUGAAAAAGAUAAAGGUGAAGAUCAAACCAGUGAAUCAGAUUCAGAUGUAGAGAGUGAAUGUGAUCUAUCUAGAGAUGAAUUAGUAAAUCUUGUUUCCGAGAAGGAAGAACUUUUGAAGUUGAAGCAAAAAGAGAUCGAGAAAAUGCAGGAUAAAGUUUUGCGUACUUUAGCAGAGAUGGAGAAUGUCAUGGACAGGACAAAACGCAAUGCAGAGAAUUCAAAGAAAUUUGCUAUACAGAAUUUUGCCAAGAGUUUACUAGAUGUCGCAGACAAUUUGGGAAGAGCUUCUUCAGUUGUAAAGGAGAGUUUUUCAAAAAUUGAAUCUCCUAAAGACUCUGAUGAAGCCGCAAAACUCCUGAAAACACUUCUGGAAGGUGUUGAAAUGACUGAGAAACAACUUGCAGAGGUACUUAAAAAGCAUGGUUUAGAAAAAUUUGAUCCUACAAAUGAACCAUUUGAUCCAAACAGGCAUAAUGCCAUCUUCCAAAUACCUGAUGCUUCCAAGCCUCCAGGCACUGUUGGAGUUGUUCUCAAGGCAGGAUAUAUGCUUUAUGAUCGUGUAAUUCGUCCAGCAGAAGUUGGGGUAACACACGAAGUGGAGGAUAACAAGACAGAUGAAUGAUUAUGGCAUAAAGAAAUGCCCAAGUGACUGUGGUUCUUAUUGGAUAUUAUCCAAUGUCUUUUUAAAUAGUAUACACUCUAGUUCUCAUUUGCAGAAAUUUAAUUCGUCAAACAAUCCGGAGUUUUUCUAAUAACAAAACAGCAUAUGGAUUUAAUUCCAUGAGAUUUUGGUUGUAUUCAUGCUAUUUGCUGAUUCAUUAUAGUCAAACUGUUCUGUAGUCUACCCUGUAUUAAAUUCAGGAGAUCUAGUUUAGUCUAUCUGUUAGCAAAUCAUAAUUUGUAGUUUGUGCCAAUCUGUUGUAAGAUUUAAGGUCAAGUUUUGAGGGCAUGCGACUGUUUUUAUUUUUUAUUCUUAUUUAUUUGGUGUGGCUCUCGACCAUUCACUUUUCUUCA